UUCAAUAGCAAUCUGCAGUCUGCCGUCGGCGAUUGUGUUAAUCCAAUUAUUUCCUUGCAAAAUGCUUUGGACCUUGGAUACAGUAUCGAGGCUCCUCUUCUGGUGUGGACUAAGCCUCCUUCUGGCCGGAGUCUCCAAAGUAUUGAUUCCAUUGUCCUUUUGGCUGACUUUCUCCGGGGCAUUUUUGGUUCUUGGGAAUCUGCACUUGCUCUUGGCCAGCUUCGAGAUAACAACUACGGGAAAGGCAGUGCUUGUGACCGGAUGUGACUCGGGAUUCGGGUACGCGCUCGCUCUGCGCCUCGACGCCCUGGGUUUCCACGUCUUCGCUGGAUGCUUACAAGCGAGUGGAGAAAGCGCCCGGGACCUCGCAUCUUCGGCUUCAUCUCGUCUGCGUGUCAUUCAGCUUGACAUCACGAAGGAAGAGGAGGUCAACGCAGCCUUAAAGGAGGUCAAAGAUCUCUUGUCACCGGGAGGUAAGGGUUUCCACGUCUUCGCUGGAUGCUUACAAGCGAGUGGAGAAAGCGCCCGGGACCUCGCAUCUUCGGCUUCAUCUCGUCUGCGUGUCAUUCAGCUUGACAUCACGAAGGAAGAGGAGGUCAACGCAGCCUUAAAGGAGGUCAAAGAUCUCUUGUCACCGGGAGAGGAGCUAUGGGGUCUGGUAAACAACGCUGGUAUCUCCACCUUUGGCGCCGUUGAAUGGACGUCUCUGCCAGUGUUUCGAGAAGUCGCCGAUGUUAACCUCUUCGGCCACAUCCGGGUUACGAAGGCCUUCUUGCCACUGAUAAGGAAAUCGAAAGGUCGGUUAGUCAAUGUUACCAGCGCAGAGGGACGUUUCACUGCCCCUUUUGUAGCCGCUUACGAGUUGACCAAACAUGCCAUGGAGGCCUUUUCCGACUGUUUAAGGCAUGAAAUGCAACGAUUUGGCGUUCACGUCUGUGUGGUCGAGCCAGGGAAUUAUACAGCAGGAACGAAGCUGAAUACAGCAGAGCGCGCCAAGAGGCUGGCUGCGUCACUUUGGUCCGCCAUGACAGAUGAAGUUCGACAUGCGUACGGAAAAAAUAACUUCGACCGGGUUGUCUCCUCUAUGGAGAGUGUCACUAAUACGGGGUUAGUAGACUUGACAUCGGCCGUUGACGCAAUGACCAAGGCUCUAACACAGAGGUAUCCGCAAGCAAGAUACACGUGCAUGGAUUCCAGGCUCUAUAUCCGAGGACUGGUGGCCCAACACAUGCCGGAAUGGAUUUACGAUUUCCUCUAUGUCAAUGAAGUACGAAAUGUUUGGUAUAACUGAGUCCCUAUGAUUGGUAUUGGAAUAAAGUUUAUAGUAUUUUUAC